UUCUGCUAUGCUGAGCUGGUGGUGUUCAGGCGGUUUGGGACUGGCCGGGGGACGAUCAUGGCGCCAAAGGGGAAGGUGGGAACCAAAGGUAAAAAGCAGAUAUUUGAAGAAAACAAGGAUACCCUGAAGUUUUAUCUGCGGAUUUUCUUGGGAGCUAAUGCCAUUUAUGGAAUUGUAAACUUUGUGAUCUUCUACUCAGCAGCCACUCUCUGGACUUGGAUUGCAUUUGUGUUCAGCAUGCUGAUCUAUGGGGCCAGCUACCGCUCCAUGAGCUCCAUGGCAAAGCCGACCUUUGCGGAUGAUGGCAGUCUUGCCGAUGGCGGAAUUGACCUGAAUAUGGAGCAGGGGAUGGCAGAGCACCUGAAGGAUGUGAUCCUGCUCACGGCCAUAGUCCAAGUCCUCAGCUGUCUUUCUCCCUACGUGUGGUACUUCUGGCUCUUGGCUCCCGGACGGGCACUUUACCUUCUCUGGGUGAACAUCCUAGGGCCUUGGCUCACCACAGACUCCUCCGCUGCCAACCCAGAGCCCAAUGAGAAGAAACAGCGCCGGCAAGAGCGGCGGCAGAUGAAGCGCUUCUAGGAGUGCUUGCGGGAGUGGAUAGGAUUGCCACCCACCGUCUCUGAGUGGCUGUUCAUCAGGGAUGCAAUUUUUU